AUGGAGAAUCAGGAAGAAAGACCUGCAGAUGAGCAGGCCAUUGCCUCUCCGGAUCGAGGACUUCUCCAUGUGUGGUGUUCAGCGGGGUGCAGCCCAGAGAGAGCGCUGCUGUCCACGCCUGCUCUGCAGGUCGCCCUCGGAGAACAUCACGGCCUCCUGUUGGCACAAGGAGGUCAGGUGUUUUCCUUCGGAGCCCUUUCAUGGAGGGACCUCUGUGUCCCGGUCUCUGCUCCGGUGUUGGAGCGCUCUCUGCGGGGGAAGACAAUGGUCCAUGUGGCUGCUGGCGGCUUUCACUGCGGAGUGAUAAGCGAGCAAGGCAACGUCUACAUGUGGGGGGAGAAUACAGCAGGACAGUGUGGGGGUUCAGAGAGGGGCUCAUUUACAAACAUCACAGUCCCGGAGCCCAGCCUGGUCAGCGUGGUGGACACCGAGGCCAUUCCUCCAGCGACGGUUCGGGUCGUGGACCUGGCCUGCGGACGUGAGCACAGCCUGGCUCUGUCGGCCCAGAACGAGCUGUGGGCCUGGGGAAGCGGCUGCCAGCUUGGCCUGGUCACUCAAACCUUCCCCGUGUGGAAACCUCAGAAGGUUGAACACUUGGCAGGCAGACAUGUGAUUCAGGUGGCGUGUGGUGCGUACCACAGCUUGGCUCUGGUUCACAGUGUGCCUGCUCAGGACUGCAGCACCCCCAAAACGAAGGAGCGGGGUCAGUCGCCUCACUGCCCGGCGAUGACCCGGGAGGAGCUGCUUCCAGCUGAUGAUUCUCACUACUGUCCGCUCGGCGUGGAGCUCACUGAAGUCCUGAGUGAGACGUCUCCCAGAAGACGAGCCCCCAGACAGAGGCGCCAUCCAGAGGGAAUGUUGUCUGGCAGCAGUCCUGGCUGUGGAGCCAGUUCAUCCUCAUUUUCUGAGGAGGGCGAAUUUAUCUCUAAACAGAGUCUUCCCAUCAGCAGCAGGCUGGGGGUUGAGGAGCACACCGACUCUGAAUCGCAGUCCGACAGCAGCCCUAAAGCUCACCUGGUGUCGAGCUGGAGAAACGACAAGAACGCGGCCUUCCCUGACGAGUUGGAGGUUCAGAACGUCCUCGAGAAACUUUCUGAUCAGUCAUUUGAGUCACAGCACACGUCAGGGACGUUAGAUAGUGACUCGGUUAGCAGCCACAAUUCAGACGACAGCUGCAUUUCCUCAACUUUCUCUCUGGAUCUGUUAACACCCAGUAACAAAGACGACUCAACUUCUAAGAGACAGAGCAACAACGUCAGCGGGUCACCUGGGCCGUGCUCAUCUUCGCCUGUGUGUUUGGAAGAAGUUCGUCUUUGUCUGGAGAAGGAGAGGCUGGCGCUGCGGGGGCAGAAGAGCUCCAGUCUCACAAACAUACACCAGAAGUGGAAGACUGCAGCCAGCAGGAGACGCUCACUUCCUGGAACCCCCACCCAUGGAUCUCCUCGGAGACGCUCCCCGUGUGUCUGCAGGCCGUCCUCCGCCGGUCAGACUCAGGUCGCAGGACCAGAGGAGUCCGGAGAUGGGCUGCCGUCUCUGGAGACUGAAGUCUGGAGCUGGGGCCGUGGAUCAGAGGGCCAGCUGGGUCACGGGGACCAACUCGCCAGACUUCAGCCUCUGUGGAUCAAGUCUCUGACAGGCCAGGAAGUGAUCAAAGUUUCUGCAGGGUCGCAUCAUUCAUUGGCUCUCACUGCUCAGUGUCAGGUCUACUCGUGGGGAAGUAACAUGUGUGGGCAGCUUGGUCACGUCAACAGUCCCGUCACCGUGCCACAGCAGGUGAAGCUGUCUGAUGGCCUUCGUGUUUGGGAUCUGUCAGCCGGUCAGAGCCACUCCCUGUUCCUGGCUGAUGGUGACUGCGUCCAGCCGGCGCUGCUGUACUGCGGCCAGCAGCAACGAUCUCAGCCGAGCCGAAGCUCGUGCCUGAGCUCACCGAACCGGGCGGAAAGUUACUCAGUCAGACCCUCCCUGCUGCCCUUCUGCAUUGAGAUGGGUUACAUCAGCAGUGUGUGCAGCGGCGGUCAGAUGUGUGCAGCGUUGACGGACCUGAAUGUGAAGGGUUUUAUCGCAGCCAUUCACGAGUUGGCCUCCAGCGAGAGACGGUUUUACUGCUGGCUGAGCAGUUUCAGGAGGAUUCUUCUCACGCCGCUGCGUAAAAGAGAGAGUGCUUGUCAGGUGUUGGGAGACCCGUGCACCCAGCUCUUCUUCUCUCUUUAUGAGAGUUGUGCUCACCUGAGCUCCCUGGUGGGUCGUCAUGCCACGUCCCUCAGCUACUUCCUGUAUGAUGCGCGAAGCCGUGACGUCACUUCCUUUCCCUUGCUGACACACACAGAUCAUUUCCAGGACACAUACAGAAGGUAUUGUUCUGCAGUUGGUGACUUCCAAGUGAUGGGUGGGUUCCAGUUGCUUCAUAAACUCUCACUGUGACAGGCUUUGCUCUCUCAGCUGAACGUAUGGGACCCGUCCAUCAGCGGCGACGUUGAUCUGGUUUCAAUGUUCCACUGGCCUCUGCAGCAGCUCCACCAGUAUAACCGAGUCCUGCUCAAAAUGACCGCCUGCUAUGACGUGCUCACUGUGGAGUAUCAGUUCCUCCAUCAGGGCUUCAGUCAGUACGAAACUCUGUCUCUGUCUCUGCUGAGGAAAAAGAAGGAAGCUGAGAACACAUUCAUGUUCUGGAAAAGCCACUCUGGAAAAAAUACUGAAUCUUUGCGCGUUCCGCAGCGCCGCAUGGUUUGUGAAAGCAGCAACCGAUCUCUGACCCUUCAGAACGCCGGCCGGUUCUCCAGUCACGGGUUCAUACUGUUCAGUGACAUUCUGGUGCACACGCAGUUCUCCACACAUCGCGUCUUUCCUCUGAGCUGUUUGUGGAUCAAACCAGUUACUGACGACAGCAGCGGACUCUACGCCCUAAAAAUAACAUGUCCAGAGGAAAAUUUUACCCUGGUGGCCUCAACACCACAAGAAAAGAACAAAUGGCUUCGAGCCCUCAACCAGGCGGUGGAUCAGGUGCUGGGUGGUGGAGGUCAGGUAGCAUCUCCAGGGGUCACAGCAAUGUCCCGCACGGCGACCUACACCUUCACCGUAGAUGAAAGAUUCAGAGACGCUCAGUACUCAGGAAGCUGGCUGGCAGGACGGGUUCAUGGCAGAGGAACCAUGAAGUGGCCAGAUGGACGAAUGUACAAGGGAAACUUUAAGAACGGACUGGAGGAUGGUUAUGGAGAGUGUGUGAUGCCUCACAAAGUCCAGGACAAACCAGACAUCUACCAGGGACAGUGGAGAGACGGCAAGAUCCAUGGCUUUGGCAAAUACAAGUAUGCCAGCGGCGAGGUGUACGAGGGCUGUUUCUGUGACGGGCAGCGUCACGGUUAUGGCAUGCUCAGUUCUGGUAAACAGGUCAAGACCUCCUCCAGCGUUUUCAUCGGCCACUGGGUCCACGAUAAGAAGACGGCAUAUGGGGUCUACGAUGACAUCACCAGGGGUGAGAAAUACAUGGGAAUGUGGCUGGAUGACCAGCGGCAUGGCAGCGCUGUGGUCGUCACACAGUACGGUGUUUAUUAUGAAGGGGCAUUCAAAGAAAACAAGAUGACUGGUGCAGGUCUGUUGGUUUCCGAAGACGACACGGUUUUCCACGGGGAGUUUUCUGACGACUGGACCGUCAGCGGAAAGGGUGUUUUGACCCUGGCCAACGGUGACUGUCUGGAUGGUAUGUUCACCGGAGAGUGGAGAACGGGCCUGAAAGUAGUUGGAACGUACACCAAACCCAACACUGAUGAGUGCGAAAACAAAAACAACCUACAGUUGGGUCAGUAUGUGGUGCCUGCGGGUCAGAGGUGGAUCUGUGUGUUCGAUGAAUGUUGGGCUCGACUCGGCUGCGACGAGGCUGGGAGAGGAGAGAGGACCAAGGCCUGGGAGAACAUUGCCGUCAUCAUAGCAACGGCACGCAGACAAAGUCCUAAUCUCAGCAAGUCUCAGAGCAAAGUUCUGGAGCGUUUGGAGUUUAUCCCUCAGUAUGGCGAGCCGGUCACCUCUUCAAAUUACUACAACAUAAGGAGAUACCUCACCAAGGCAUGUGACGGCCCCCACCAUCCUCUGGGCUGGUUGGUGGAGACGCUGGUGACAGCCUACAGGAUGACCUACGUAGGCGUGGGAUCAAAUCGCAGGCUGCUCCAACAGGCGGUCCAGGAGCUCCAGGCCUACCUCGCACACUUCUACAGCAUCAUCAGGUUUUUGUUUCCAGGGUUACCAGAAGAUGGCGGCAUUAUCCCUGAAGCCUCUAAUCUCGCCUCAUCUGAAGUCAGACACAACUCGAACAGACCAGAACACGGGUCAGUUGUUGUGGUGGUGAGCUGCUCCUCUCUGCUCCUCCCUGUGCUGCUGCCUCGACUCUAUCCUCCUCUCUUCACCCUCUACUGCCUGCAGAAGGAGCAGGAGGAGGUACAGUACUGGGAGCACAUCCUCCGACUCAACAAACAAGCCGACCAAUCACUGCUCAGCUUUCUGGGAGUGCAGGAGAAGUUUUGGCCUCACUGGAUUUCGAAUCUUGGAGAGAAAAAGCAGAUCGUGUCCAGCAGUGAAGAUGUCUGUUUUAUUUCUGCCGUUGAGACUCUUCAGCAGAUCAGCACCACCUUCACACCUUCAGACAAGCUCGUUGUGAUCCAGAAGUCGUUUGAGGAGCUCACUCUGGAGGUGAAACCUUUCCUGGAUGGAGCUUUCUUGUGGUGCAUGGAUGAUCUGUUCCCGCUCUUCCUGUAUGUGGUGCUCAGAGCAAGGAUCAGGAACCUGGGAGCUGAAGUUAGCCUGAUUGAAGACCUCAUGGACCCCAACAUUCAGCAUGGAGAGAUGGGACUGAUGUUCACAACAUUAAAGGCCUGCUACAUCCAGAUCCAACAUGAGUCCACCACGUAGAAUCAAACAGGAAGUGACUGCGUGUGGAACCCAAACCUGUGACGCCCAGCAGAGGGAAGGCAGAACAUUAUCCAACCAA